AUGCAACCUCUCAUCGCCCUGACAGCCCUAAUAAGCCUCGCAACAUCCUCCCAAAUCCCUCUCAACGGCCAUCUCCCUAUAAUGCCAUCCUCCGACUCCCCCUCAGUCCAACCCUCCGUCGCCCUCAGCGACAUCCUAGGUUCCAACCGCGGCCUCACGUCCUUCUCCUCCUUUGCGCGCAUGCAGCCCUCCACCGACACGCGCCUCUCCGAUCUGUCCACCAACACCACCGUGCUUGCGCCGCUGAAUUCAGCUGUUGAUGCGCUUCCUCGCAAGCCGUGGGAGCAACCUGCUGAUUAUGAUGCGUUUGGCGCGGAUGCGUACGAGGGUGAUGGUGGACAGGAUCGUGCAAAGGAGAAUAUGAGGCGCUUUGUAGAGGCGCAUCUCGUGCCGGCUAGUCCGUGGGAGAAGGAGGAGAAGAUCAAGACGUUGGGCGGUAAGGAGGUUUGGUGGGUCGUCAAGGAUGGGAACAAGGUUAUCAUGCCUGAUGAGGUCGAGGUUGAGCGUGUGGCCAGCCAAGUCGGUAACGGAGAGCUUUGGAUUCUUAAAGGAGUUUUGAACUACGCCUAG